AUGGAGCGGUGGCAGAGUUGCGGAAUUGCAGACCUGCACUUCUUGAGGUCGUGGGCUUGGUAUCGCUUUCUUGAUGAAGAUGGAGAGGAUGCAGAAGUCACAGACCAGCACCGUGCAGCCUUCCUGGAGUUUGACCAAGACAAUGAUGACAGAUUCUCACGUGCCGAAGUGCACGAGCUGCUGCAGUGCAUGGACAAGGUUGAAGCGAUGAAGGAAGCUGCAGACAGGGAAGAGGAAGGUGCUGAUGAAGAUUCGGAAGGGGAAGAUCAGGAUGAUGAGGAAGAUGAAGAAGGUGCAGACGAAGAUGAAGAAGACGAGGAAGAUGGGGAAGAUGGGGAUGAGGAGGCUGAAGAGGAUCAAGAUGGACCGUGA